AUGGAUUACAAAAAUAAAAGACGAGGGCGAGAAUCUGGUCAUAGUUAUUUUUUGGAGCGUAAGGAACAUGUAUCGAUCGAGGGUCGUGGGAAUGUGUUUAUAAGGAAUACGCAGACCCAGGUUCGAGAGCUUUAUAGGCGUCACGUGGCCAUCGAGCCCGAGGAGCCAUCGUCUUCUCAGGGCGAUGCCAGAAUACUCGAGACUAGCCGCCAGGUGAAAACCCUCAACAAGAAAAUUGAGGAUGAAAUAGACAAAUUGAAGAAUUUUCGCGACUGUUUCCUUCAAGAGAAAGAAACAAGAAACACGAAGCAACCCAAAAAACUUCAAAGUCAAUCGGAGAAAUAUCCUGGCAUUUCCCAUAAAGAGACUCCAAAUGCCAUAAAUCUAGAAGCUAAAAAUGAUAAGUAUUCCUGGCCAAAUUCAGACAAAUCUCGUCCAUAUUUUCGCACUAUGCGCGUAACAUCCUCCCCGAAUUCGGGUGCUGAUCAGAAGCAGGAUCCUAAGAAGACGAUUCGCGAUCAGAGUCCUUCGAAUCGAAAAUCCCCAAGACUUCCACGAAAGAAUACACGGAUGGGUGGUGGCUGUACCUAUGGAUAUAACGAAUGCAUGCCGUUCCCGAGCUCAGUUUAUCAGUGUGAUUAUAGUCAGGGUCCGACAAGCCAUUGUUAUCCGGGAUAUUGUCAGUGCUACGAAUAUCCCGCAGCAAUGUCUGUGCCAUACUCACCCAAUCCGUGUUACCAGUAUUCAAUGGGCGCAGUUUUCCAUCAACAAGUGCCGUCAUAUUGCGCCUGUCCCCCCGCCACAGCCACCAGGCGAACUACUGACUUGAAUACCGAGGAAUAUUGUCGUGGUAUGUCUCCGAGUCCGAGGGCUGCUGAACGUCGAUCAAAAUUAAAGUCCAGAACUGCACCCUCUGAUGGCAAAAGAAACAGAAACACCUCAAAGAAUCCCACAAAGAAAACACCCCAAAAUGAAAAACAAGUUAUGAAAGUUUCCCUAAAAAAACCUCAACCCAAGAAAACAAGAAAAGUGAUAAUUAAAGAACAUGCGAAAACUGAGAAGGUCACUUCCGACAGCGACUACUCCGAUCUAGAGAAAUUGCGAUUACACCGUCAAUAUAUGGAGAUGUACAAGCAGGAGCAUGAAAAGACGGCCAAAAAGGAUUCAAGUCCAAUAAGUUCUGAAUUGGAAACACACCCCACAUACACAAAACUGACAGCAGAGUCACCCGAGUUGAGUUCCUCAUCAAAGGAAUCUAAAAUAAAGCCAGAACCCUUGACUAUAGCUGAGAUCAGUCAAGAAGUAAUUUCCCCAGAACCGCUGCAAGUGAAGAAACUUCAAGAAUCAUCUUCAGCAGGAGAAGCUACCUUGGAGGAUUCACUUCCAAUCAAAGAACAAAAACCCAUGAAUCUACAGAGUAGCCAACCUGAUAGACGAAGAGUUCAGAUACAGGAUACAUUUAAAAAGUGCACUUUCUCUGUAAAGCGUCAGGCAGUUCAGGGAUCCAUGUCACUUUGCCAGAGCCAAGAAGUGGCAAAGGAAUGCGUCCAAUAUGCAGUAUGUGCGUCUGGUCCUGAUAUUGGACUUAAUUGCAGUCUUAGCUCCCAAGAAAAACUGUCAAUGAGUCGCCAGUCAUGUCAGCAGUCAUGUCACCAGUUAUGUCACCAGUCAUGCCAAACGGCAGCUGGCGAAGGAUCCAGUGAAUCCCAGUGUGUGUUUGUUACCGAAAAAGUCGAGAGUAUUGAAGUUAUUUUCGAAUCACAGUCUCCAACGAUCGAAAGGAAAUAUCAAUCUGAGCCUUACAUCCGUUCGAUAUCCACAGUCUUUGGGCGUGACGAUCCAUUAUCUUCUGUACCUGUGCAGCGAGCAGAAAAAAAAUUGCUUUCUCAAGAAUUUAGUCCAAAAUAUGAAGGACACUCUAUCAGCAGCAAAAGCAUGCAUCGCAAUAAACACUUUAGUUCGCCAAAGAAUUCAGAGGUUGAAGAACUUUUUAGUUUUCCAGAACAUACUCAACUGAGUGUCAUGAGCGACUCUCCUCGAAAUGAAGUCUAUGAAGGGGAAGGCCGUAGCAAGGCAGCCGUUUCCAGGCAAGUCAGCAAUACUCCGACGUUCUCUAGAAGGACAUCAAAUCAAUCGGAAGAAAAUUCUCCCGUCUUCAGUCAACAAUCGAAUUUCCCAGAAAGGCAAAUGUACGAUUCUUCGACAGCAUUCCACAGCACUUUCAAUCGAUCUGAAGAAAAUUCUCCUAACUUUAGUCUACAAUUGGAUUCCCCAAAAAGCCAAGUGUACAAUUCUCCGAUGUCAUCUAACAGGACUUUCAAUCGAUCGGGAGAAGGUUCUCCGAACCUUAAUCUGCAAUUUGAUUCCCCAAAAAGCCAAGUGUACAGUUCUCCAACACCAUCUAACAGGACUUUCAAUCGAUCGGAAGAAAGUUCUCCUAACUUAAGUCUGCAAUUGGAUUCCAAAAGACGCCAAAUGUACAGUUUUUCGACAGCAUCCAACAGGACUUUUAAUCGAUCAGCAGACAAUUCUCCAGAUCUUACAUUGCACAAUGAAUCUCCAAAGAACAACGAUCAGCUGUUCUACCAAAACAAUAAUCCCGAACGUGGGAAUAAAAAGGAUCUCGACUCGAGAACACACCUGGCACCGACCAAAUCGACAGGUCGUGAGAAACGAACGCGCUCGGUGAAAUUUGAAGAUGAAAGCGGAACUAGCAAGCAGAUCAAUAAAGUUAAGAGUUGUCGUAGGGUCAUCGAUUGGGAAAGAUCCCUCAGCAUGGAGGAUGACGAAGAUUGUACUAUACCAUUGGACAAUUUGUAUGAGGAAUUUUCAAGGGAUGAUAGUUCUUUUCUAAUUGACUCUUGCAGAACAAGCAGCACAGCAGAGUUUACAUGUAAUGAGUCAAACUACGAGGAGGAUUAUUUAUCAUGCACUGAAUCCAGAACUGAGCAUAUACCGCCGUUCAAGGGAUGUCCAUGCAUGCGCGAUUAUUAUUUAACGCUGGCCGCUUUGAGUCGGCCAAUAAAUAAAUACGAUUGUUGAGCUUUAA